UUUACCUCGAGUAUCUACGGUACUACGCUACGGUUUUCUCGUCACGUAUCAGCGUAACGUGGGAUCAAUAAACUCGCGUAAAAAAAGUCAGAAAAUAAUAUUAAAUGCAUUGUCAAUUAAUUGAAUCGUGCGAGUGAGCUAAGAGGUGGUCAUUUCAUUAAUAAUUGUCAAGAUAUCGCGUGAAUUGACGCGAUAUUCCUUGCGUGUAAACGAGAGUGUCGUGACAGGCGUAAUUGUCUCGUUGCGAGUGUCAAGUGUGUGUUCAAAGUGCAUUUAUUGAGGAGACCGAGAGAACGCAUUCUUGGUGGGCUUUCUUUCGGAGCUCUCUGAUGAUGAAUAAAAAACAAUCAUAAAGUUGUUGCGAUGCAUCAACCAUCUAGUGUUUGCAUGACGCCAUUGAUGAUAAUAUUAACCUACCGUUCGCACUCUCAUAUAUAUGUACAUCGAACAAAUAUAUCUUUCGAGUGAAGCGCCACGAGUGAUAUCGUUAGCGCUAAUUUUUAUUUAUUUGUCCCUCGAAACGUCAGAUACCUAGCUUCUGACUAAUAAUCCCGGUGAACUCGAUUCUUAUCCACCUUAUUCUUAAAAAAACAUUUCCAAAGUUUCCCAAUGCAUUCUUCGCUCUGAGGGAAAACAUUUUUUUUAAUAAUACUUCAAAACCCACGAGUUUUUAGUACGCGCAGGCCUCAAGGAUUUUGGCAAAUAAGGCUGUAGGCGCCGCCGUUUUUACGGGUGUGUUCUUCCAAUUUUUGACAAUGUGCCGUCGCGUAUAAUAUAACUUACACCGUCGAUACAUUCGGAACUUGAAUAAUACAAAAAAAAACACUGCACGGUCGCCGUCUUGUGACGUCAGUGACGUUAACGUGAAUAUUUUUGUUUUUUUUUUUUGACGUGUGACAAUGAGUUCCGUUUGGAAAAGAUUGCAGCGAGUCAACAAGAGAGCUGCCAAGUUUCAAUUUACAGUUUCGUAUCACGAGGUCACCCUCGAGACAACGUCAAAAUGGAAACCAAACAAAUUAAGCGUAGUUUGGACGAGACGAAGUCGCAGAGUCAGCUCGGAUCCUCUAGAAUGGGAGCCGUGUUUGAGCGAUCCUUUGACAGGUAUAAUAAGCUGGCCUGUGCCGGACAACCAUUCAGUGUCGGUGACACUCUUCAAAGAUCCCAGAACCCAUGAGUUAGAGGACAAAGACUGGACCUUUGUGAUUGAAGAUGUAUCUACCAGUGGCAAACGACGGCAUGUCGCUGCCACCAAUAUAAACAUGAAAAAAUAUGCCACCCUUGAAUCUAGUCAACAACAGCUCAAAUUAGAUCUUAAACCGACUUCUAAAAAAAUUGUCAGAGCGGCGCUAGAAUGUACUCUUUCCUGUGUGUUUUUGAGAGAAGGCAAAGCCACGGACGAGGAUAUGCAGAGUAUGGCUAGUCUUAUGUCCGUAAACAACAACAGUGAUAUAGCGCCUCUCGAUGAUUUUGAUAACGAGGAUAUACCUGAGGAUAACGAAGAAUUGUCGAUGAAAAAUUUGGACGAAAUCCUCGAUAUAUCGACACAAAUUGAUCUUAUGACGAGUAGCCUGACAGAAAGUGAAUUGCCCAGUACUCCCAUAAGCGUCGCGAGCUUAUCGAAGGACGACGCGACUCCGGUAAACGACAUAGGGAAAAACAUUCACGCUAUAACUGUUACGGAUGCGACGGACAUGCCCAGAGAGAAAUCACCCACGAAGCAGAAAAUUGCUGCCGAAAACGAUAAAAAUAUUGAGCACAGUAUAAUGAGAUCGAAGCUGCAGCCGUUAGAUUUGAAGAAGAGUGAAUCAGGAGCUCCAAGAUUACGGGAGAUAACACCGGGCCAGGAUCUGUUGGAAUGGUGCAAGGAAGUGACGCAGAAAUAUCCGGGAGUAAAAGUGACGAAUUUGACGACCUCUUGGCGCAACGGUAUGGCCUUUUGUGCCAUAAUUCAUCAUUUUCGACCGGAUCUCAUAGAAAUAGAAUCUUUACUGCCACAUGAUGUGAAAGGAAAUUGCAAAAAAGCUUUUGACGCUGGAGAAGCUUUGGGCAUUCCAAGAGUCAUUGAACCAGCGGAUAUGGACAUUUUGACAGUCCCAGAUAAAUUAGCGGUCAUGACAUAUUUGUAUCAAUUGAGAGCCCAUUUUACUGGCCAUGAACUUGAGGUUCACCAAAUCGGUAAGACGACCGACGAAUCCUCGUACAUGAUCGGUAGAUUUAAUACUGACAAUAAUACGGAUGUGAGUGUGCAAUUGUUCGGUCAAGAAAUCAUAAAUUUACGUAAAAAAGAGCAAGCGGAACAGCGCGGCAAUAAAAUCGAUAGCAAUAGAAGAUCUAAUCCUUUCGAUUACAAGAGGGAUGAGAUGAGUAUAGACGCGUUGAAAAAUAAAUUACAUCUCAGUCUCAAUACUGAUAAUCAUGAUCACGAGCCAGGCAGCAAAGACAAAUCACCGACGAGUGUCAAAGAUGUUAAAGACAUUAUACUCGCUAGUUCGAAGAGCAUUUUGGGCAAAGUCUUAUCACCGACGAAAGAAAAAUACAAUACGUCCAGAGAAAAAAGUAAAUCACCACCUCGGUCGAUACAAGUCCAGCAGAGACCAAUAUUGAUGACCCGGCGCCAAUUGACCGAUCCCUUCGGCUCAGACGAUGAGGAGGAAAAUAUUCAGGUCGUCGACGACAAAUGGUCGCAAUCGAUAUCCAUUACGAAAUCUCCUGCUCGAGAAGAAUCUCCAUUUCCGAACGAUCGUAGCAGCCGUGGAAGUUCCGAAUGCCGGGGCACAUCACCGGCCCACGGUGAAACACGUUUGCAACAUCCAUUGGUCACUCGUCACGACGAGCUCAGAGAACGUGCGAGACAACUCCUUGAGCAGGCUAGAAGCCAAUCGAAGACUCCUGGGAUUGCCUCGACUGCUUCGAGCCCGGUAGAGCCACAGAACGAUGACGACAGGCAACAACAACUUCGAGAACGAGCCAGACGGUUGAUCGCCGAAGCUCGAAUGGGAGUUGUUAACGUAACUCCUGGACAAAUAAACGAUGACAACAAUAGCGACAGACAAUCUAUCGAUGAUCAAAACAACAGUCCUAGAAGAAGUCUAACACCCUCGACUCCUGGUGAUCGACUCAGUAUAAAGUCCGAACACAAUGGCAAUGUUCUUGCAAAUGCGAGUGCGCCUGAGGGAGAUAAAAAAACCACUUCACCUUUGUACUCCUUUUCGAAAAUCAUGGAGAGAAUAUCACCGGACAAAUCGAGCCCCGACAGGCAUCCACAAUUACGUGGCCUGGGCAAAGACAUGACGUCGUACAUCCAAAACGAGCUCGAAGCCCUCGAAAGGGAACAAAGCCAGAUUGACGUGCAAGCUGGAAAACUCGAGAAACAAUUACGCGCUGCUAUGGAAAGCGACAACGAGGAAGAAACCGAGAGACUAAUGUCCUUGUGGUUUACACUCGUGAAUAAGAAAAAUGCACUUUUGAGGCGGCAAAUGCAAUUGAAUAUUCUAGAAAAGGAGGAUGACCUGGAACGACGUUUCGAGCUGUUGAACAGGGAGCUCAGAAGUAUUCUUGCUGUCGAAGAAUGGCAAAAAACAGCGGAACAAAAAGUGCGAGAAAAUCUCUUGCUGGAAGAGCUCGUAUCAAUUGUUAACAAGAGAGAUGAAUUGGUGCAUCAUCUUGAUACUCAAGAACGAGCGAUUGAAGAUGACGACGAAAUCGAACGCGAUUUAUCAAGAGCCGGUUUAGCACAACGAAACAAAAACUGUGUGAUACAGUGAGUGCUUAAUGGACAAAAUCGAGUGUCCGUGAGUUCUCGAGAUUUAAUGGUCCUAUGUUGCUGUGGAGUUGCCAAAGAGCUAGGGAAUAUAUUGAGCUUCGAAAUGAAAGGAGGAAAAAACCGAUGGAAACUGUUGUCGAAGGCGGUAGCUUUAAAAACUUUGUUGAAUAUUUUCAAAUAUUUUCUUUCGUUUUUAGCUAAAAAAUACUUACGUCAUGACUCGAUCUUUCACACGUCAAGGAUGUUCAAAUAUCGAUGCAUCUCUGGGUUGGAUUAUUUUUAAUUGGAUAUUAGCGCAUUGACCAUCGGCUCAUCGACCCAUUGACAUCUCAUGUUGUACUCAAACUCAGUGCCAUACUCUCGGGUGUUCCAUGCUUUAUUUUAUAUUAUUUCUGUUAACAUAUGCUCUUCGCGGGAAAUACUCGUCAAUAUUUAAUAAUGAGUAUUCUCGUUCGAUUUAUCGGCUAUUGGUUAUUUUAAGAAUACUGACAAGUCGGGACGGUGGCGAAAACAAAUUGAAUAUCACAAUUGACGGCUCGUGAUUUAAAAAAAGAGUAACAAAACAUUACGACUUUGCUAGCAAUUCUGGUUUCGCUAAUGACUUUUCAUUCGAUUACCCAUCGCUGAGUCAAAAAUGGGUUUAUCGAUCCAAUGCCCGUCACACAACGGUGAUAAAUAUACGCAAUCGUCUCCCUCUUCCUGAAUCAUGCUCUCUCUUAGAAUUCAUUUUAAUUCAUAAUUCACUUUGAAUGAAUCGCGCAGUCAAAUAUCGAACAAUUUUCUAUAUUUUUUUAAAGUUCAAGAUGCACGUCAAUGAAGACGAAAAAAUGACACUUCAAAGCUUUAAUGAGUUUCGAGCAAUGACGGUUAAAUUGUACAAAUAAUGUUCGUUAAAGAAAAACCAAAAAACAAAGCCGGUGAAAUAACGAAAGGUAAUGAUUUACGAAUUUGUACUAUACACGCAUAGUUCAUGAUUGUAUAUAUCAACUUGGCAAAACUACCUUUUUGUUUGAUUGAUCAUCCCAACAAUCGAAUAUCAAUGUUCUUCAUUAAACAAAUAAUAAUAUUAAUUAUAAGAUUGCUAGUAAUAAUAUUGAGAAUAAUAAUAGACAUAAUGAUAACUAUAUAUCACAAUAAUACUUUUUGUGAUAAUUUUAAUAUGCGAUAUUAAGUGCUCAGUGACUCCCAAGCAGGUAUGGGCAAAAACGAAUAACUCAUUAGCAGAGAAACGUGCAAAUUUUACCAAUAAAUAUUAUUUAUUGUAACAUAAAUUCGAGAAUCUCAUUGAAAAAAUAGACGUGACACUUGGUCAAUGUCGAUCGAUGAAUUCGUUUUUGCACCUUAUCUGAAUUUUCAUCUCGCAUGAAUAGUAAAAACAUUUCGUUAAGUUCCCACCCUUUUUGGUUGUAUUUAUUAAUAAUGGUUGUAUGUCAACGCGGGUCGCCGAUGGUUCGACGAUUUUUUUCUUUAUUACCCCCAGUGCCUAUAUACUUUGUUUUAAAAAUGAAAUACUUUUUAUGUAGUACGAACGAGGAACGGAAAAAUAAUCAACGCUAUAUGGCAAUGUGAUUUCCUGAACUAAGAAAAAUGUAUUUCUUUUUUUUCCUCAUAAACAUCUAUAUCCAAAUGCAGGUUUACAAGAAAAUCUACUGAGCAAAUUUUAUACGUUAUCUGUGCUUUACAAAUAGAAGUGAAAUUAUAUGACGACGAAUUUGCUAAGUUGUACUUGAGUUGCAAAUGCAAAAACAAACGAAAAGUUUGUCGAUCGAUCAUGUUUGUAAAUGUCAAUGAUAAUUCUUGCCGGCUACGUGAGUUAUUGCAGUGUUUUUUUGUUGCUUCUUUGCUCGCCUCAUUGGCGAAUAAAAAUUCGCUCCAAAAUGCAAUAAUUAGCAAAUUAUUAAAUAAAUAUUUAAUACGAAAAAGCAAAGGUAUUGAGUCUAUGCUAAAUUGAUAAUUGGGUAUGUAAUAAAUUGAUUUCUUAACCGAG